AAGCCGGGGCUCCCGCUGUUUCUGAAGUCGGUGACCUUUCCUUGUUUUGAGACAGUCUUCACUCCUUAAGAGGUACAAAGCGUAAAAAAGUACACAGGCCGUGCUUUACGCAAAUACACAAAAACCCAACUGCCGCACUUGCCCAGCGCGCUCUCCGCCAGUGAUCUUACGUCUUUUCCCGGCAGGCUCCGGGAAUCACCACGAGACUUCAUCAAUUCUCGCGAUACUUAGCGGCAGCCAUCUUCUUGGGGGUGCUGAGAGCCCGGGAGACCCCCCGAAUCGUUCCCAUUGAGCUGCCCUUCGUUUUUGCUUUCUUCACUUUUGCGUCUUCUGCGUUGUCAACAAGCACCCGGUCUUGAGAGAAAGCCCUGGUCUAUGCGCGUGUCGCGUUCCCGGACCAGGAAGAUUCCGCUGGGGUGGAGGAAAGGGGGAGGGCCCGGGCAAACCGUUGCUGCUUCAGCCCGGGCCAGGGUCCGGGGAGAGGAAAGCUCCGGGUGCAGGUGGACUUGCGGCCUGCGGCGCUACCCGCAGAACUGUUAGCCGGUCGGGGCUUGUGGGAACGUGCCACCGACGCCUUCCACCGCGGCCCACGCGGACAGCGCGUGGGGGAGGGGGGCGGGGGCAGCCGCGGCUGUAGCGGCCGCGACUUGGGCGGGCGGAGGAGUGACGGGCCUUGGGGCCGUAGUGGAUGGUUUCUAAAAUGAUCAUUGAAAACUUCGAGGCACUCAAGUCCUGGCUCAGCAAGACUCUGGAGCCCAUCUGUGAUGCAGAUCCAUCAGCCCUCGCAAAAUAUGUUCUGGCUUUAGUAAAGAAAGACAAAAGUGAAAAAGAAUUAAAGGCAUUGUGUAUUGAUCAACUGGAUGUAUUUCUUCAAAAAGAGACACAAAUAUUUGUGGAAAAACUUUUUGAUGCUGUGAAUACAAAGAGUUAUCUACCUCCUCCAGAGCAACCAUCAUCAGGAAGCCUAAAGGUAGAAUUUUUUCAACACCAGGAAAAAGAUAUAAAAAAAGAAGAGAUCACAAAGGAGGAAGAGAGAGAGAAGAAGUUCUCCAGAAGGCUAAAUCACAGUCCUCCCCAGUCAAGCUCCCGAUACAGAGAAAAUAGAAGUCGUGAUGAGAGGAAAAAAGAUGAUCGUUCUCGCAAACGAGAUUAUGAUCGAAACCCUCCUCGAAGAGAUUCAUACAGAGACCGGUACAACCGGAGACGAGGGCGAAGUCGUAGUUACAGCAGGAGUCGGAGUCGAAGUUGGAGUAAAGAGAGGCUUCGUGACAGGGAUAGGGAUAGAAGCAGGACGAGAAGCAGAAGCAGAACGCGAAGCAGGGAAAGGGAUCUGGUAAAACCUAAAUAUGACCUGGAGAGAACAGAUCCACUAGAAAACAAUUAUACUCCAGUCUCUUCAGUACCUAAUAUUUCAUCUGGUCAUUACCCUGUACCUACUUUGAGCAGCACUAUUACAGUAAUUGCUCCUACUCAUCAUGGUAAUAACACUACCGAAAGUUGGUCUGAAUUUCAUGAGGACCAAGUGGACCAUAACUCUUAUGUUAGACCACCAAUGCCAAAGAAACGCUGUAGAGACUAUGAUGAAAAGGGUUUCUGUAUGAGAGGAGACAUGUGCCCUUUUGAUCAUGGAAGUGACCCAGUAGUUGUAGAAGAUGUGAAUCUUCCUGGUAUGCUGCCUUUCCCAGCACAGCCUCCUGUUGUUGAAGGACCACCUCCCCCUGGACUACCCCCACCUCCACCAAUUCUUACACCCCCCCCUGUGAAUCUGAGACCUCCAGUGCCACCACCAGGCCCAUUACCCCCAAGUCUACCACCUGUUACAGAUGAUAUUUCUUAUUCUUUGGUUUUGACAGGACCACCACCUCCACUUCCUCCUUUGCAGCCAUCUGGCAUGGAUGCUCCCCCAAAUUCUGCAACCAGUUCUGUUCCUACUGUAGUAACAACUGGCAUUCAUCACCAGCCACCUCCUGCUCCACCCUCUCUUUUCACUGCAGUUUUUGUAUUACCAGAUACAUAUGACACAGAUGGCUAUAAUCCUGAAGCCCCAAGCAUAACAAACACUUCCAGACCUAUGUACAGACACAGAGUGCAUGCCCAAAGGCCUAACUUGAUAGGACUAACGUCAGGGGAUAUGGAUUUGCCACCCAGAGAAAAGCCUCCUAAUAAAAGCAGUAUGAGGAUAGUAGUGGAUUCCGAGUCAAGGAAAAGAACCAUUGGUUCUGGGGAGCCUGGAGUUCCUACAAAGAAGACUUGGUUUGAUAAGCCAAAUUUUAAUAGAACAAACAGCCCAGGCUUCCAGAAAAAGGUUCAGUUUGGAAAUGAAAAUACCAAACUUGAACUUAGAAAAGUUCCUCCAGAAUUGAAUAAUAUCAGUAAACUUAAUGAACAUUUUAGUCGAUUUGGGACCUUGGUUAACUUACAGGUUGCAUAUAAUGGUGAUCCUGAAGGUGCCCUUAUACAAUUUGCAACAUAUGAAGAAGCAAAGAAAGCAAUAUCAAGUACAGAAGCCGUACUCAACAAUCGCUUUAUUAAGGUUUAUUGGCACAGAGAAGGAAGCACCCAGCAGUUACAAACUGCUUCUCCAAAGGUAAUGCAGCCAUUAGUCCAGCAGCCCAUUUUGCCUGUUGUGAAGCAGUCGGUCAAAGAGCGGUUAGGUCCAGUACCUUCAAGUACUGUUGAACCGGCAGAAGCUCAGAGUGCCAGUUCAGACCUUCCUCAGAAUGUAACUAAAUUAUCUGUGAAGGACAGGUUGGGUUUUGUAUCAAAGCCAUCUGUUUCAGCAACUGAAAAGGUGUUGUCUACAUCUACUGGCCUAACAAAAACAGUGUAUAAUCCAGCUGCUUUGAAGGCUGCACAAAAAACCUUACUUGUUUCCACCUCUGCAGUUGAUAAUAAUGAAGCACAGAAAAAAAAACAGGAGGCACUGAAACUUCAGCAGGAUGUCAGGAAAAGGAAACAAGAAAUUUUAGAAAAGCACAUUGAAACACAGAAGAUGUUAAUUUCAAAACUGGAGAAAAACAAAGCAAUGAAAUCUGAAGACAAAGCAGAAAUAAUGAAAACGUUAGAGGUUUUGACAAAAAAUAUUACCAAGUUGAAAGAUGAGGUUAAAGCUGCUUCUCCUGGACGUUGUCUUCCAAAAAGUAUAAAAACCAAGAUUCAGAUGCAAAAAGAAUUGCUUGACACAGAACUGGAUUUAUAUAAGAAGAUGCAAGCUGGAGAAGAAGUCACUGAACUUAGAAGAAAGUAUACAGAAUUACAGCUGGAAGCUGCAAAACGAGGGAUUCUUUCAGCUGGUCGAGGUAGAGGAAUUCAUUCAAGAGGUCGAGGUGCAGCUCAUGGCCGAGGCAGGGGUCGAGGUCGAGGUCGAGGUGUGCCUGGUCAUGCUGUCGUGGAUCACCGUCCCAGGGCAUUGGAAAUUUCUGCAUUUACAGAAAGUGACAGAGAAGAUCUUCUUCCUCAUUUUGCGCAAUAUGGUGAAAUAGAAGAUUGUCAGAUUGAUGAUUCUUCACUUCAUGCAGUAAUUACAUUCAAGACAAGAGCAGAAGCUGAAGCAGCUGCAGUUCAUGGAGCUCGCUUCAAAGGGCAGGAUCUAAAAUUGGCAUGGAAUAAACCAAUAACUAAUAUUUCAGCUGUUGAAGCAGAAGAAGUUGAACCUGAUGAAGAGGAAUUUCAGGAAGAGUCUUUGGUGGAUGACUCAUUACUUCAAGAUGAUGAUGAAGAAGAAGAGGACAAUGAAUCUCGUUCUUGGAGAAGAUGAUUUGACUGAUCAUUGAUCUGCAUAUUCUAGAACUCUCCCUGUGUUUCAUUAGUAUUAUCUAAUGUACUUUUACAUAUUUGUAAAAACAAUUUUUGGUAAAAUGUGUUGAAGAUGGAUUUCACAAAUAGACAAAAAAGAAGAAAACUACCUUCUGAUCCUGUAUUUUGAAAGAUUGAUGUUUGCAUUUUAUUUCAGUAAACAAUUGCUAAAGACAUCACACUAGAAACAUAUGCAAUGUUUUUAUUACAUACUUCUACUGAACAUCAUGGAAUUCUUUGGGUUCUUUGUAAUUUAAUAGGUCUGAAACUUAUGACCAAUACUUGUUACAACUUAGAGGAUUUUGUUUUACUCCAAAUAAGGAAUGAAUUUGCAUUUAAAAUCUUAAUGUUUUCAAAAAUGAAUAGAUAACAUAGUACUCUAAGUCUCCAAGUUAUGUAUUCAUAUUACAUAGUAAUAUGCUUAGGCUUUACUAUGUAUUAGCCUUUUGUUGGAUUGUGUAUGUAUUUUAUCAUAUGGGUUUUAAUGAUAAUGGUGUAUGACUGCUUUGCAUAUCAGUCCUUAUGCAUUCAGAUGUUAAAAAUAAAGUGGAAUGGUCUCUUGAAAAGAAAAGAAAAGAAAAAAACAAUGACAAAAAAAAAGUCCAAGACAAUGUUCCUUGAUUUAAGAAAAGAAAAAAAGAAAAAAAAAAAAAGAAAAGAAAGAAAAUUAAAAUAAAUAGACCAUUCCAGAUGGUGAUCUACCCUUACCCCCAAUUAUCACAAAAGGAGCUAUAAUCACUAACUUAUUUUUAAUAAUAAUGGUUAUUGAUACCUUUACAAUAAUGUACAAUUCCAAUGUUAAAAAUUUAUACCACUUCAGUUUGGUUUGAUCCUAUAAAUCUUCAACAGAUGUCUUAAAAUUUAAAAGCAGGCUGAUUAGUUUGGAACCAGACUUCAAAUAGAGCUAACAUUUGGUGAAUAAGGAAACAUCACAUUACAUUUUGGAUGUAUGAAAGAAAACUUGACCAUUUGAAGAUGUAUGAAUAAAGAAAUGUACUGUAGAUACCA